AUGGCGGAUCUGCUCUACCGUUUCAAGCGGUACAACCCCGGAAAAAAGCUCAACCUCAACUUCAUUGCCGAUCCUCCCCCUCUUCCUGAAGGCAUGACCGAAGAGAUGAUCGAGGACUACGAGGUAGAGGAUGCCCCAGACGAGGCUCCUGCUGAUGCCGAGGCCGGGGAGGCCACUGCCGAGGCCGAAGAGGCCGGUGCUUGA